AUGAUGUGUGGGAAGAAAGAAGAUCAAGGGGAGUGUUCUCAGUCUGUCCAAAACCUACAAGCCUUCCAAGAACACUUGUUUCUCCAACAACAACAUCAGAUACAACAACAACAACAACAUCAGAUGCAACAACAACAUCAUCAACAACAAGGUUUGAUUUUCCCUCAUGAUCAUCAAGCCCAACCGCCAAUCUUGCAGCCAUGGACUCUCCCUCCGAUCCAGACCUUCAACCCAUCAGCCCACGACCAGUUUCUUCUCCCAACUCCUCCUCCUCCAAUUCCAUCGUCAUCAUCCUAUGCUAGUUUCUUCAACCGAAGAGCUCCUCUCCAGUUCACAUAUGACGGUUCAGCAUCUGAACACCAUCACCAUCUCAGAAUCUUAUCCGAGACACUUGGACCCAUGGUUCAACCCGGUUCCGCCCCGUUUGGGCUUCAAGCCGAGUUGGGUAAGUUGACCGCCCAAGAAAUCAUGGACGCCAAGGCUCUCGCAGCUUCUAAGAGUCAUAGCGAGGCCGAGCGGAGACGGAGAGAGAGAAUCAAUAACCAUCUCGCCAAGUUGCGCAGCUUAUUGCCCAGCACCACCAAAACGGACAAAGCUUCCUUACUAGCAGAAGUAAUACAACAUGUGAAAGAGCUGAAACGGCAGACUUCUUUGAUCGCGGAGACAAGUCCGGUGCCGACCGAAAUGGACGAGCUAAUAGUCGACGAUGCGUCGGACGAGGACGGGAAAUUUGUGAUAAAAGCCUCGCUGUGCUGCGAAGACCGUUCAGAUCUCUUGCCCGACCUCAUCAAGACACUGAAGGCCUUGCGCUUGAGAACACUGAAAGCUGAGAUCACAACGCUGGGGGGACGUGUGAAGAACGUGCUGUUCAUCACCGGGGAAGAAGACUCGAGCAGCAGCGGAGGGGAGCAAGAGCAGCAGCAUCAAAUGCCACAUCAGCAUCAGCAGCAGCAAUAUUGUAUCAGUUCGAUUGAAGAAGCGCUUAAGGCUGUGAUGGAGAAGACAGGUGGGGAACAUGAGCAGUCUUCUUCUGGGAGUGUUAAGAGGCAAAGGACUAAUAACAUCAAUAUCCUUAACUGA